AUGCCCAUUUCUGAUUCUACAUUUUGUGUCAAUUCCCAACACAAACUUUUAACUGUUUACACAGAUUCAGCUCCGAAUUCUCUGUCAGAACUUAAUUGUCCUAAUGUAUUAGACUCAAUUGGUGCCUUCGACCAUGAAGUUAAAAGUAGUCGCACCUCUAAUUCGGAAGCUGUUGGUAAUUCUUUCGUCACUUUUGAGGUUUCUGAGACGGAAACAUGUGCAAGCAAUUUAUCAGACGACUUUCAAACAGCUCCAGAAUACUCAUUGCAUACUGAGGUUUACGUACCAGCAACUUUUCCUAGUACAUUGUGCCGUUAUACAGAUCAGACAAACACAGAUAAUUAUGGAGAUAUUGUUACUCAGAAUUUGUUGUGGCUAGCUGAGGAAGCUGUGCAUGCACCUCUUGAUGUUAUGACGGGGAUUCCCCAGGAUACAAACCACAUGUCUAAUAUGCACCCGAAUUAUAAGGCGGAUAGUAUUUUAGAAAGUCAUCUUUAUGUCACCCUUCCACCUCGUUCAGAAAUCCUCGGAGCUUCACAACCAUAUUACAGCUUCCAGGACGAAAACACUACUGAUAAUGGACAGAGUUCUGAGCAGCUCCAUAUGUGUAUCGAUAACACAGCCCAAACCUUCUCAUCAGAAUUGGAAGUAACUUCAGAUUUAGUUCAUGUAAGCGGUUUCACCAGUGAGUCGAAAGACAACACAAUGUCGUGGCCAAACUCUUCUAGUGAAAGUUAUUCCUAUAAUUCUCACUACUUCAAAGGUGUUCCCAAUUUUUCCAUGAACUCAUCUCUAUGUAUUCAUACCGUGGAACCACACGGAGCCAGUGGAGAAAGUUACGUGAAUGGUUUUACUGUAUACCAAGGCCCUUCAAGCUCCGAUGAACUACUUGAUCAGACUUUUGAAUAUCCAGUCUGUGAUUUCUUUCCCACGGACGGUCAUAGUUAUACUUCCUACGACCAUUCUAAACCAUCUUACUAUAAUUCUUUUUCCGAAGGAUUUAGUAGCGCCAUAGUUUAUCCAGAUUGUGAUGCGAACGGUUACGAAAGUGAACAGCAUGAUAGUAUAUUCGUCUCCAGCUUUCCAGACUCGUUGGCCACACAAGGAAAUACCUAUGUUUCCGCUUAUUUAAUUCCUGAUCAAAACUGCGAUUCUCGUUUAAAGCAGUCAAACAGCUAUCCGGAUUCUAUGGUACACGUUCCUUUCUGUACAGCAUAUGAAACGAACGCAAAUAGUUUUCAAUACAGUAACUCAGUUCAGUGUACACAUGCAUUUGAAUUGCCUUCGGCAACAUUUUUGACCGAUACAGAUCAGCAAUCAGCACGUAAUGCUUCUUCUGUAUACACACCAGCCGUGGUUUACCCUUGCAGUAAUACAAAGUCGGAAUCGCUUCCUAACAGCACGGAGUAUUCAUCUGUGGAAAAUGUCCCAGCAAAGUGUGUACCUGUGAUUCCCCCUAUCAUUUCUGCGAAUGAUAACACAGUCUCCAAAAAAUCGAAGUGGAUUUGUACUCAUUGUUCUUUGAGUUUUACACGUCCAAGUCACUUGGUAGAUCAUUUGCGUAUUCACACCGGUGAAAGACCAUACAAGUGUAUUUUAUGUGGACGUCAAUUCACUCAAGCUUCUAAUCUUCGCCGACAUCUUUCAAGUCACAGAGCCUGGCCACCAGUGUCAUCUGUAACUGCUGCUGCAUCCAAUGGGCACCAAAAUUCUGAAAUAGUUCAAAAAAACACUGAAGUGGUAACUAACUCUACUUCGUGUCGCCGUGUUUCUCCUAAAAUUUGGAUCUGUCGGUUUUGUGAUCAACGAUUUGAAACAUACAUACAACUUCGGGCUCAUAUUGUACAUCAUAAAGACAAGCAGGUUUAUGCAUGUGUAUUUUCUGAUUGUAACUCCUCUUUUUCAUCACCAAACAGUUUAUUAAAUCAUUUGUUAGAAAAACAUCGAGUUAACAGGAGUGACAAACUUGCAUGUCAAACUUGCGACCAAAAAUUUCACGAUUUCUUGCAUCUUGUUAGACACUUGUUGCCUCGACGUAAUGGAUCUAACUCCGGUUGUCCUAUGCUGUAUAUUAGAUCAAGAAAAAAGGAAAGUAAAUUGGUGAAGAGGAAUCGUAAAUUUAUUUCACCCCAUAGGUCUACUAAUCCACAGGAUGUAGAACGAAGUUCAAAGUCGUCAGCUGAAUACUCCAGUGUUGCUAAUUAUUUGGAUCCGACAUUCCGUAUACUUCCUUUACAAAAUUUCAAAAAAGAUAAUUCAUUAUUUGGUUUCAAGUGCCCGUUUUGUGUGAAGAUUUGCAAAAGUCUUAAACAUAUCCAUGCACAUUUGUCUGAAAAACAUUCAAACCAAAUGAAUCUUUCAGUAUUUAAAUCUGCCUUGUCCAACAAAACUACGAAUGAUGACACUAAUAAUACUGUUUCCCUGCCGCGUAAUGCAGAUUCGUCUUUCAGUGGUGGUGAAUCUUCUAAAACAGCUUUAUUUCUUCUUCAACUAGAAGAGUGUAUGUUAUCUCAAGGAAAUCACCUAGAAUCUAACAAGAAUGCUUCACCUAAAAUAUUUGUAUGCAGAUUUUGUGGCAAAAGCUUCCAAAAACAGAAGUUUUUCAGUGACCACGAGUUGAUGUGUCAACAGUCAAUUGAAGAACGAGCACGUCGAAUUCGUCUUAGAGCCAAUAAACGACAGAAGUUUUUCGUUUCACAGAAAACUAAUACUGAAUUGGAUAUGAAUUUAUGCACUGAUAUUACUCCUCCAAAUCAAGAUUUCGUCCUUUGUAAUUCAGAGGAUUCAGUUUCAGCACUUAGAAGAUCCACACGUAAUAGAACAUUUCAUACAUUUUGGAAACCUAAACCAACUCGUCGAAAGCGUAAUUUUGAAUCCGUCUGCUGA